UAGUUUUUAAUUAGGUCUAGCAAGUUUUAUUUGAAACACCACGUCAAGUUCAUCUUCCUAACCCAAGCAGUUCAUCUCCUCCGCAGUCAAGCACCAUAGAGAGGAAGAACGGCACGUCGGCACUUCACCAUUACACCCAUCUUUUCCUUCGACAUCACACGCGUUAAGAACACCAAGAGAACACUAGUGUUAGAUGGCCAAAAGAAAUCUAGAUGCAAAAGAUUUAAAAGAGAAUGGUGAGAAAAGAAUGAGAACUAUUGAUAGCGAAGGAGGAAGUUUUAAGCAGAAGUUUGAAAGAAAAGAAGCAAAAGAAGGUCAUACGGCGGUACCUAAUGUGAGGUGUUGUCCAGAAAAAAUACUUGCACUAACAAUUUGUUUGAGUGAAGUACAACAACAAUGGGUAAAAGAAUUUGGUUUUGAAUAUUUGAUGCAUAUGGAUAACUUUCAGGUGAAUAGAAAACUUGCAUAUUGGCUAGUUAGUCGUUUCGAUCCAGAUAAAUGCAAAUUGAAAUUAAGAGAUGAUGUUUCUGUCGAUAUAUUUGCGGAUGAUAUAUCAUGGAUUUUAGGGAUUCCUAAUGAUGUGUUGACAGUACCCAUUAAAUGUAAGGAUAAAGAAUCAUACAAAAAAGAGCUCAAGAUAUAUAGGACAAAAGGUGGGAUUGAUAAUACAAAAGUUUUAAGUAAGUUUAACAACGACAUGCAAAAAAAAGAGUUCCAGAAACUAUUCCUUUUGUAUACAUUAGGAAAUUUUCUUUGUCCUAGUCAGAGUAAUAUGAUUAGCCCUCAGUUAUUGAAAACUGUCUUAAGUAUUGAAGAUCCAGCCAAAUAUAAUUGGGCUCAAUUUGUUCUUGAUCAUCUUGUGGUGGCUAUAAAGAAGUUUAAAGCGAGUGUUUCAAAACACAAGUGCAAUAGCACACGUAAAGCGGGAGGAUUUGGAGGAUGCAUUGUCUUUUUGCUCAUCUACUAUUUGGACCGCUUGGACAUUAAAAAGUCGAUUUGUUGGGAUAAUAGGGCUAGAAUAGUUGCAUGGGAUCGGGAAAGUAUGAAAGAGGCUAUCAAAGCAGAUUGGGAUGAGAAGAACGGUUUCGGAAGUGGCAAGUUAUUGUGUUUGAAUAGAUUUCAAUAUGGAUCGGCACAUCCUACUGAACCCGAUAGACCCUUGUUUAAGGAUGUAGGAAUGCAGAAUCCCUUGCCACUACUAACUCCGAAGGUUAAAUUGACCGACUUACGAUAUCGAAAUAGGGCAAGGAUAAUGAUUGAUAAAAAGUUGGAGAAAGUGAAACAAGAUGCAAAUGAUCAGGAAAUUCUGGAACAAGAUGUUGUAAAAAAUGUAUGUCAGGAGCAAGUUGAUGAAGAGGAAUAUGUAGUGUGUGCGGGUAAAGAAGAUGGUAAUGUAAAGAAAAUAAAUAAGGAUUGUGACAAUUUACAUGAUGUUGGAGCCAUUAAAGGGGAAGUUGAUACAUCAAUAAUUGUGAGAAAGAAGAUAAUGGCCACGAUGUCCAAUAAGGACUACAAGAUCCUCCAAUAUUUAAGAAGUCACAAAAAAACAAAAGAUGAAGAUAUUGUGGCAAUGUUUGGAGUAAACCAUGGAAAGCCACUUUAUUAUAUAACCAAAGAAGAGAUAAAUUCUUGUCUUCAAGUCCUAAAGCAUGUUAAUAGUCCGGUGGUAAAGACAUUUAUGUUUUUAUUGAACAUAGAGUGGAACAAGGAAGGAGUAGUUAAAGGUGGAAAAUAUGCAUUUGAUCCAGAUGUGUCAGUCUCGAUGGUUUGGGAGCCAGAGGUUCUUCACCAGAUGCUUGGUUUUUCUUCUUCCUUCCCCUCUUUAGAGGUUCACCAUCUUCAUCAGAUGCUUGGUUAUCCUUCUUCUUUCCCCUCCUUAGAGUUUCACCUAGUGACCUACGAGCUUUACUCUUUUCACGACCUUUUGUACGGACGACAUCUGGAUUACUAUACUUAAUUGGGGAAUGAUCUUCAACAUCCUUGUCAACAUUUUCAACAUUGGGAGUAUCUUGAUUAUCUACUAUUUCUCCGCUUAGAGAUUUUAUCCAUGUACCAUCUAAUAAAUCUUUUGAUACAUUCUCUAUCACAUUUUCUACAUAGUGACACUUUUGAAUUGAGUCAAUCACAUUAUCAAUGAUGGAAUAGAAUUUACUCUCUAUACGCUUUGAUCUCUCCAUCUCGCUUGUCCAUUUACCUCCAAUUCCAAGAAGUUUGAUGUUACCGUGUUCCCUUUCGACAUCUUUCCUCCAUCGUCUUAAUAUGUACCUUUCAUGUACUAGUGUCAAGUUUCUCUUGAAUAGAACCUUAAAAGCAUGUCUACAUAAAAAGCCCUUCCAAUCAAACAAUCUACAUAUGCAAUUAACCUCCAUGGUAGAACUAUCAAAUAAUACCUUGUAAUCCUUCAUUAUCACUUU